AACCGCGGCGUGAGCGCCCCGGGAACAUGGAGCAGCCGCCGCCCGCACCACCGCCGUCAGGGGCCCCCCGUUCCCCGCGGGGCCCGCAGCCACUUCAGCCGCCCGCGCCCGGCCCCCCGGCGCACGAGGCCCCGGAACCGCCGGCGAGGACGUCCCUGCGGGUGUAAACCGCGCCCCAGAGAUAGUGAUGAUCUUCAAAAUGAAGAUUCUGGAAAGUUUCAGGUUUUCUAUAGGAAUUACAAAAAUUGAAGGAAAGAAAUUUUUCAAAAGGAAAUUGUUCUGAAAGUAUGUUUACAACUGACUGAUUACUGUUGUUAGGUUUUUGUUUUUGUUUUUUAAUAGAACACUUUAAGAAGAUUGUAUUUAUGGUAAAGGGAAACUGGACUAACAAUGAGGCCAAAGACUUUUCCUGCCACAACUUACUCUGGAAAUAGCCGGCAGCGAUUACAGGAGAUUCGAGAAGGGUUAAAGCAGCCAUCCAAGUCUUCUGCUCAGGGGCUGCCCAUUGGACCAAACAAUGACACUUCUCUGGACACCAAAAUUCUGGGGGGCAAGGAUGCUGCCAGGCAGCAGCAGCAGCAGAUGAGAGCCACCCCAAAGUUCGGACCUUAUCAGAAAGCUUUGAGAGAAAUCAGAUAUUCAUUGUUGCCUUUUGCUAACGAAUCAGGCACUUCUACAGCUGCAGAAGUAAACCGACAAAUGCUUCAGGAAUUGGUGAACGCAGGAUGUGACCAGGAGAUGGCAGGACGUGCUCUCAAGCAGACUGGCAGCAGGAGCAUCGAGGCAGCCCUGGAAUACAUCAGUAAGAUGGGCUAUCUUGACCCUCGGAAUGAGCAGAUCGUGCGAGUCAUUAAGCAGACCUCCCCAGGGAAAGGCAUUGCGCCAGCCACUGCGCCACGGAGGCCGAGCUUUGAUGGCACGGGAGACCCUUUCCCGCCCUACCAUCAGCUUAGCAGCGCUGCCUAUGAGGGUGCCAGCACACUGGAGGAAGUGCCUCGUCAGUACAUGGACUUUCUUUUCUCGGGAGUCAGUCCUCACAGCGGGCCUGGCAGCCACCAGCACCCACCCAAAGGCUUUGCUGCCAACCUGGAAGCUUCAGGGAUGAACUUCCCUGUGCCCAACCCAGGCGGCCAAGUACUGUCACUGCAGGGCCCACACUAUCGGCCUCAUCUGCUGGUGCCGGGGGAGCCACCAGGCUAUAGCAUCCAGCGCAGUUCCUCCUUCCAGAACAAAAGUCAGGAGGCGGGAGGGUACUCAAGCCUUGCUGCCAAGGGCCAGGCUGUGCCACCGGGGUCUGGUCAUGCCUUUCAGCCCCAGGGGCCAGUGGCAAGUUUAUACGUGUCCCAUCCGCACCAUAAACAGGCCCACGCGGUACACAUGAUGGGCUCCCGGGGCCAGAUGUUUGUGAGUGACAGCGCCCCCCAGAAUCUGCUUAGCCCUUCUAGAAAUAGUCUCAACGUGGAUCUGUAUGACAUGAACAGUGCUCCUGGCCAGCAGUGGCAGUCCUCCACCCUGUCCCGUCGAGACUCUCUUCAGAAGCCAGGCCUGGAAGCACCUAGCCGCCAGCAUGUGGCAUUCCUACAGGAAGGCCCUGUCCCUAGCAGGACCAACUCCUUUAACAACCAUCAGCAACAAGUGGCCGUGCCUAUCAGGGCAGGGGUGCCCAGCAAAACUGAACCUCCUGUGUCCUCGCCCAACACCAUCACAGCGGUGACGGCUGCCCACAUCCUGCACCCUGUCAAGAGCGUGAGGGUGAUGAGGCCGGAGCCCCAGACAGCUGUGGGACCCUCCCACCCAGCGUGGGUACCAGCGCCCACCCCAGCGGUGGAAAGUCUGGACUCCAAGGAGGAGCAUCCUGUGCCCUUGGGGAGCACCAGCACGUACCCACUGGACAUUGAGUAUGGCAGCCCAGAGAUGAGGUGUCCACCGCCACCAUACCCCAAGCAUUUGCUGCUUCAGGGGAAGUCAGAGCAGUUCACUGUGGACAGCCUGUGUGUCGGGAUGGAGCAGAGCCUCCGAGGGGCAGAGCCUGCAGAAGGGAGUGACAAGAGCCACAGAAACGCCAAAGGAGAGAAGAUAGGGAAGGACAAAAAGCAGAUCCAGACUUCUCCUGUUCCUGUCCGGAAAAACAGCAAAGAUGAAGAGAAGAGAGAGUCUCGCAUCAAGAGCUACUCACCAUAUGCUUUUAAGUUCUUCAUGGAGCAGCACGUGGAAAAUGUCAUAAAAACUUACCAGCAGAAGGUCAACCGGAGGCUGCAGCUGGAACAAGAGAUGGCGAAAGCUGGACUCUGUGAAGCUGAGCAAGAACAGAUGAGGAAGAUCCUCUACCAGAAGGAGUCUAAUUACAACAGGCUCAAAAGGGCCAAGAUGGACAAGUCCAUGUUUGUGAAAAUCAAAACCCUAGGUAUUGGUGCCUUUGGAGAAGUGUGCCUUGCUUGUAAAGUGGACACUCAUGCCCUGUAUGCCAUGAAGACCCUGCGGAAAAAGGACGUCCUGAAUCGAAAUCAGGUGGCCCACGUCAAAGCUGAGAGGGACAUCUUGGCAGAGGCAGACAAUGAGUGGGUGGUCAAGCUUUACUACUCCUUCCAAGACAAGGACAGCCUGUACUUUGUGAUGGACUACAUUCCGGGGGGGGAUAUGAUGAGCCUGCUGAUCCGGAUGGAGGUCUUCCCUGAGCACCUGGCCCGGUUCUACAUUGCAGAGUUAACCCUGGCCAUCGAGAGUGUCCACAAGAUGGGCUUUAUCCACCGAGACAUCAAGCCAGACAACAUUUUGAUAGAUCUUGAUGGUCACAUCAAACUGACAGAUUUUGGCCUCUGCACUGGAUUUAGGUGGACUCACAAUUCCAAAUACUACCAAAAAGGUAGCCACAUCAGACAGGACAGUAUGGAGCCCAGCGAUCUCUGGGACGAUGUAUCCAACUGUCGGUGUGGAGACAGGCUGAAGACCCUGGAGCAGAGAGUCAAGAAGCAACAUCAGCGGUGUCUGGCGCACUCUCUGGUUGGGACCCCAAAUUAUAUUGCACCAGAAGUGCUCCUCAGAAAAGGAUAUACCCAGCUCUGUGACUGGUGGAGUGUUGGAGUGAUUCUCUUCGAGAUGCUGGUGGGGCAGCCGCCCUUUUUGGCCCCUACUCCCACGGAAACCCAACUGAAGGUGAUAAACUGGGAGAACACACUCCAUAUUCCAGCCCAAGUGAAGCUGAGCCCUGAGGCCCGGGACCUCAUCACUAAACUGUGUUGUGCCGCUGACCACCGGCUAGGGAGGGAUGGGGCCGAUGACUUGAAGGCUCAUCCGUUCUUCAGUGCCAUAGACUUCUCUAAUGACAUCCGGAAGCAGCCAGCACCCUACGUUCCCAAAAUCAGCCACCCCAUGGACACCUCAAACUUUGACCCUGUCGAAGAAGAAAACCCAUGGACUGAUGGUAGUGAAGACAGCACUAAGGCCUGGGACACUCUCACCUCCCCAAAUAACAAGCACCCAGAGCACGCCUUUUAUGAAUUCACUUUCCGAAGGUUCUUCGAUGACAAUGGCUAUCCCUUUAGGUGCCCAAAGCCUUCAGGAGCAGAAGCUUCCCAGGCUGAGAACUCUGAUUUGGAAAGUUCUGACCUGGUGGAUCAGACUGAAGGCUGCCAACCAGUGUAUGUAUAGCCCAUGACUUGGCAUGCCCAAGAGCCUCAGCUUCCUCAAAGGCUCAGGGCCCAUAGCUAGGUCUUUAACAGGCCUAUUGAAAAUUAAGGUCAGCUUUCUUUUACUUUAGUUCAUUGAUUACUUCAGCUGAAAUUUUGGCAUUCUCAAAAACAACCCCAAACCAAACAAAAACACUUUAAAAAAAGGAUUCAGUUUAAUAGAUUGGUGUUUCUAGAUUCUGGUUCUUGUGAGGUAGGGAUUAGCAUUGCUUUAAAUUGGCUUUUGAGGACAUUACCUGCAUUAAAACAAUUUUUUAAAAAACGUAGUACAGUUUAAAAAGAACAUUUAUUUUGUUUAUAGCCAUUUUUCUUACUAAAUUGUAGGGAAUAACUUUGACAAAUCAUGCUGCUGUUAUUUUCUACAUUUGUAUUUUUUUCCAUAGCACUUAUUCACAUUUAGGAAAAGACAUAAAAACUGAAGAACAUGUGAUAAGAAAUCUCUGUGCAAUAAUGUAAAAAAAAGAAAAGAUAACACUGUUCUGACGUUACUUAUAACCAUUUUAUUCACACAGUGGUUUUGUCUUAUUUUUCCCCACAUUUCAAAAUUGUGAUAAAAUGUUAAAAGCUGCUUUUUUUUUUUUUGCUUUUGCAUAUUAUAGUAUAAUAGAAAAUGUGAGCAAGGUGACUCUGUGGGUGUGAUUUCAGAUGUCUGGUGUGUAGAGAGUACUGCAUGAGCAGGGUUUUCUAUUAUAAAAUUACCGUAUCUUGCCAUUCACAGCCGGUUCUGUGAAUAUGUUUUUACCGAGUAUCUUUAAAUGAGAUGUGCUAGACAGUGUGCUGGUAAUGUAUUGUGUGGGUGACUUCUUCCUUAUGAUUGUAUCUCCUACUGGGUUAAAGAAAUGCAGAUAUGUAAUUGCGAAGUAAUUUUUGUGUGUGUGUCUUGGCUAUGAUUGGAUUCUUUUGAGAGUAAAUUCAAGCAUUUGUCAUAUACUAAACUUGUGUACAUCAAAAGGGAUUAGGUUAGCUAUGCCAAAAAUAGUUUACUCAUGGAACUGUGUCCAUUUUGAUAGUCAGCAUGCUCUUUUGUUCUUGGUGUUGCCAAUCCAUGGAAUCCAAGAGCAGCAGCCCUGCUGCUGACAGACUCCCCACACUGAAGGGUUUGUGUGACAUCGCUUCUCCUCUUAGACGACUGAAGUGUUACCAUGUUGAAAUUUAGUAAUCUUAGGGCUUUCACAUUUUUUUGGUAUGCUUUGAAGUAUCAAUCUUAACUCGAUUUUAAAGAUAUAUUAAUUUUCUGAUCUUUGUAAAGAAGCAAGGAUUAUUCGAAAGUGACAUUGGAAUAAAAAUAUAAUUAAGCCAUACAUAGUUUUGUAGAAGUGUAGAUGUAUAUAUAACUACAUAGAUAAGCACACAAAAUAUUCCUUAUUUCAAAUUAGUAUGAUUCCUAUUUAAAGUGAUUUAUAUUUGAGUAAAAAGGUCAAUUCUUUUUUGCUUUUUAAAAAUCUGAUGCAUCUUUUUCAUUAUAUUAUUCCACAUAUUUUUCCUUGAAGUUUUUAGUAUAAUGUAUCCAUUAUUUAGUAUAUAUCUAGGCAACACUUAAGUUUAUCAAUGCCUAAACUUUAAAAAAAAUGAUUCCUGUGUACUGGUUUACAUUUGUAUGAAUGGCAAACUCUGAAGUCUGCUGUGCUUGUAUCGUGACUGUCAGUAUUUUCGCUAUUUUAUAGUAAUGCCAUGUUGUUAUUUACAUCGCUCUGACAUACUUUCAUGUGGUAGGUCCUUUCUCAGGAACUCAAUUUAACUGUUAUUUAUUGAUAUAUCAUUGCCUUUGAAAAGCUUCUACUGGCACAAUUUAUUAUUAAA